AUGAGCCUGCACCUGUGCCUGCUCAACCUCCCCUCCUCGGCCCCGUGCAUCGUUCCGUCGAGCCGCCCGUUCGCCGCUGACAACUUGCUCCUCGCAGCCGCAGCACCGCCGGUCAAGGUCAACCGCUUCGCUUCGCCCCAAGGUUCGAGUCGGAAAAUCGCCGGCACCAUGACCCCCCACGCCAACGACGCGGCCUCUCGUGAUGGCAACUCGCGCUUUCACGCCUCGUCGACGGAGGAGGCCAUCGCCGUGGAGAGCGAGUGCGCCGCCCACAACUACCACCCGCUUCCCGUCGUCUUCGCCCGCGCCCAGGGCGUCAACGUCUGGGACCCCGAGGGCCGCCACUACCUCGACUUCCUCUCGGCCUACAGCGCCGUCAACCAGGGUCACUGCCACCCCGAGCUCGUCAAGGCGCUCGCCGAGCAGGCCGGCCGCCUCACCCUCAGCUCCCGAGCCUUCCACAACGACGUCUUCCCCAAGUGGGCCGAGAAGAUCCGCCAGGUGUUUGGCUACGAGAUGGUGCUGCCCAUGAACACGGGCGUCGAGGCGGCCGAGACGGCCAUCAAGAUCGCCCGCAAGUGGGCCUACAAGGUCAAGGGCGUCGAGCAGGGCAAGGCUCUCGUCUUCUGCGUCACCGACAACUUCCACGGCCGAUCGAUGACGGCCAUCACGCUGUCGACGGAUCCCGAGUCCAAGGACAACUACGGGCCCUACCUGCCCAACAUCGGCGCCGCGAACCCGUCCAACGGCAAGCCGAUCCGGUUCAACAACGUGUCCGAUCUCGAGGAGGUGCUCGACGCUCACGGCAAGCACACGGCCGCCUUCCUCGUCGAGCCCAUCCAGGGCGAGGCCGGCGUCGUCGUGCCCGACGAGGACUACCUGCCGAGGGUGCACGAGCUCUGCAAGAAGCACAACGUCCUCCUCAUCUGCGACGAGAUCCAGACGGGCAUCGGCCGCACCGGCCGCAUGCUGGCCUCGGAGUGGUCCGGCAUCAAGCCCGACGUGGUGACGCUCGGCAAGGCCAUCUCGGGCGGCAUGUACCCCGUCAGCGCCGUCAUGAGCACCAAGGAGGUGAUGCUCGUCGUCGAGCCCGGCACGCACGGAUCCACCUACGGCGGCAAUCCCCUCGGCUGCGCCGUCUCCAUCCGCGCCCUCGAGCUCAUCGAGGAGGAGAACAUGAUCGUCAACGCCGAGCGGCUCGGCAACCUGUUCCGCGACGGCAUCACGGCCUUGGGGUCGCCCAUCGUCAAGACGGUCCGCGGCAGGGGCCUCCUGAACGCCAUGGUCAUCGACGAGACGGCCACCGACGGUCGCACCGCCUGGGACCUAUGCCUGCUGCUCAAGAGCAAGGGCCUCCUGGCCAAGCCGACGCACGGCGACAUUAUCCGAUUCGCCCCGCCCCUCGUCAUCACCGAGACGGAGCUCAGGAAGGGCCUGAGCAUCAUCGCCGAGGCCAUCCAGGAGCUCCCGACGGCGGAGAAGUCGACGGGUCACUAG